AUGGCGCCCGUCACUCCGUCGCAAGAGGAGCUUGAUCGCAGAAGGAUCGUCAACAUCAAUGCGGAGACUGUCACGAACAUUUCCUCGACUGACUUUCCAGGCCAUUGGCCAGGUGAAUCACAUGAGUGGUCUCUAGAGAAAUUCAGGAGGAACUUUCGAGUCGAGUUCCACCGUAAUGACCCGUACGAUGCGUCGUUUUCUCUGAUCGGGCUGGAUGCAGCAAUUGCAAAUGCGUUUCGACGAAUCCUCCUCGCUGAGGUUCCCACCCUUGCCAUCGAAUUCGUCUUCGUCCAUAACAACACCUCCGUCAUCCACGAUGAAGUCCUGGCGCAGCGACUGGGACUGAUCCCACUCAAAGGCUCGAUAGAGGGUAUCAAUUGGUUACGAUGGUUCAAGAAACCGACCGACGAUGAUCCCGACAGUGGCAGCACGCCUAGCGAUUAUAAUACGAUUGUCCUGCGGCUCGACGUCGAAUGCACCAAGAACCCGAAUGCAGCACCGGACGAGGAUGACCCUCGGAAGCUCUACAAUCACGCUCACGUAUACGCGAAAGACAUCACCUUCCAUCCUGUCGGCCGUCAAGAGCAAUUUUUCUCCGGCGACGGUGCCAUCCGCCCCGUCAAUCCAGACAUCCUGAUCGCGAAGCUGCGGCCUGGGCAGAAGAUUGAGAUGGAAAUGCACUGUAUCAAGGGCAUCGGCGCUGACCACGCAAAGUUCUCCCCCGUCGCGACUGCGACCUAUCGCCUCAUGCCGGACAUCAAGAUUCUCAAACCCAUUAUCGGUGAAGACGCCAGGAAAUUUGCCAAAUGCUUCCCACGCGGCGUUAUCGGCCUGGAGACCAUCACUCCUGAGGAGGCAGCCCAGGAAGGCAGUGGCUAUGAAGGCCAUGCAGGGGAUGUAAAGGCUGUCGUUGUGGAUCCAUUCAAGGACACGGUCAGCAGAGAAUGCCUCCGACACGAAGAAUUCCAAGGCAAGGUCAAGCUGGGUCGGAUCCGCGAUCAUUUCAUCUUCAACGUCGAGAGCACCGGCCAGUUCCCCAGUGAUAUGCUCUUCUUGGAGAGUGUAAAGGUGCUCAAACUCAAAUGUGCAAGAUUGAAGCGAGAUUUGUCGAACCUCAUGCGGUGA